UUGAAACACGGAGCCUGGCACUCACUGUUUACCUCCAUGCAACCAUGUUUGUUAGUAAAUAUGUGUGAUUUCUUGUCUAUAAAAUCAUGCUCAUGGUGGACCAUUUGAAACUUAUUGCUUGAGCAUUUUCGACAAACAGUUCAUUGGGCAGACAGAAACUCCACGUGAUUGAAUUCUUGCUAGAUUGAAUCAGACCGCUGCAUUCUCUCUCCCUUUGCUUCUCGUUUCACGGCUCUUUGUUUCUGAUCGCUGAAAUCCCACCCACCUGAAAAUGGAGACGCUGCAGGAGGGGGGGCGGCGGCGAAAGCGUCUCCCUCUGUCGAGCGCGCACAGACGCUCGCGCUGUUACUGGUAGCCAGCGCGCGCGAUCGAAGGGCCGCAAUGGAGACCGAGAGCUGUUUGUCUUUCGUUUCACCGCCGCACAGGACGACGCCGGAGCAAUCUCCGGGUCUGGAGCACAACUCCGCACGCUUCUUCCAGUGCGACGAGCUGCAGAAGUCGCCGCACGCACACGUGACGCAGAGGCACGGCGCGCGCGCGGACUUCUUUGGCGCGCGCUACGCUGCGGACUUUACGCACAGCCUCGGCGGCUCCUCGCCCAGAAAACACGCCAAGUUCCAAGAAACCGCCGCGACGGACCAAAAACCCGCGUCCAUACCCGAGAAGAGCUCGUUUUACGACAGCACUUCCAUUGUGGGGGAGAAGUCAUUACCUAAGACUCUGGCUUAUCCUGUUUUGGACUCUGAAUGCUGUGGCAAAUUGAAAGAGUCUUCAGAUGGAUUAAACGAAGGGGACUCCAUUGCAGACUCAAUCAACCUGUCAGGCAAGAACAAAAAACGAAGAAACCGAACCACAUUUAGUACCUUUCAGCUGGAAGAACUGGAGAAGGUCUUUCACAAGACACACUACCCAGAUGUGUAUGCACGGGAGCAGUUGGCUCUGAGAACUGAGCUCACUGAAGCACGAGUGCAGGUGUGGUUCCAAAAUAGACGAGCUAAAUGGAGGAAGCGGGAGCGCUAUGGUAAAAUGCAGGAAGUGCGAAAUCACUUUGCCGCAACAUAUGAUAUCUCCCUGCUCCCUCGCUCCAAUACCUACCAGAUGCAGGGAAACCUGUGGCCUGGAGGAGGAGGUGCAGGUGGGGCCAGUGGGGGCUGCGUCCUGGGCACAGACAGCAUGCCUUCUUCCUGUAUGGCUCCUUACCCUCAUCCCCAUGCACACCACCAUGCUCAUGGGCUUAUGGGAAUGUCUACAUCUCCAACUCACCCACCACAUCAUCCUCAUCCACACCAUCCAGGCAUCAAUGGCCUGUACUCUCUGCACAGCUUCCAGGGAGGUCUGGGGGCUCAUUCCUUUGAGCCCAGCCCAGAGUCUGACUACAAGCCUUCAGGCCUAGUGGCACUGCGCAUGAAAACCAAAGACCCUGGCAGCCUCUUGUCUUGGCCAACGUGACUGGUAGUUAAGUAGGACUGAUCCAACUUAUAAUCAGUGGAUUCACACAGAAAUCCAAACAUUCGAGAUCUUCCAUCAUGCAUGAGGAACAGUUUCGGUCCUGAUCCUUUCAUAGAUUUGCAGUUGAUGUAAUAAAAAUAACAAAAAUAAA